AGGAGUUUGGGGGGGGCAGACAAAAAUAAACAGUGUCCCUCUCCCUUUUGUAGGGGUGGAGGGCAGCUCUCCCUGGCACAGGAAGGGACGGAGGAGAGAUCCAUGGCUGCCAUCCAGCGCUUACCUUUUAUCUGCUCCUGUUUUAACUUCCAUCCUGGCCCACUCAGGUAAACGCAAGGUGGGGGGCAGAAAAAUCUGCAGAGACAAGAGGAUAUUUUCUUACUGCACUCCGACACCCAGAAAAGAUGCUUCGGAGGGACAGAGAGGGAAGACCUUCACCUGGGGCUUGCCAGCACCAGGAGCAGCCCUGCACCCUGGGAGUGAGUCCCAGCAGCCCCAAAGCAGUCUGGUCUCGCAGAGCCAUGAUGAACCUCCUGCCUGUUGCCCCUCUCCUCCUGCUUCUCCUGACAACACUGGAAGCCAGACCAAAACCUGCAGCCCUGAAGUGCAGGACGGGUCCCAUGGACAUCGUGUUUGUGAUUGACAGCUCCCGCAGUGUGCGUCCCUUCGAGUUUGAGAUCAUGCGGCAGUUCAUGAUGGACAUCAUUGGCAGCCUGGACUUGGGCCCCAAUGCCACACGGGUUGGAGUGAUCCAGUACUCCAGCCAGGUGCAGAACAUCUUCUCCCUCAAGACCUUCUUCACACGGGUGGACAUGGAGAAUGCCAUCAACAGCAUCGUCCCACUGGCCCAGGGCACUAUGACAGGGCUGGCCAUCCAGUAUGCCAUGAACGUGGCCUUCACCACACAGGAGGGUGCGCGCCCUCUGCACAAGAAGAUCCCCCGCAUUGCCAUCAUCGUGACAGAUGGACGGCCCCAGGACCGUGUCACCGAGGUGGCCACCCAGGCCCAGAACGCUGGUAUCGAGAUCUAUGCUGUGGGCAUUCAGCGGGCAGAUAUGAACUCACUGCGGGCCAUGGCUUCACCGCCACUGGAGGAGCAUGUCUUCCUGGUGGAGUCCUUCGAGCUCAUCCAGCAAUUUGGGAAGCAGUUCCAGGACAAGCUCUGCGCUGUGGACAUGUGUAUGGAUCAGGAGCACGGCUGCCAGCACAGCUGUGUCAGCACCCCUGGCUCCUUCUACUGUGAAUGCAAUCCAGGCUACAGGCUCAACGUGGACGCAAAGACCUGUUCCCCCAUCGAUGCUUGUGCAGAUGGGAGACACGGCUGUCAGCACCAGUGUGUCAGCACUCGUGGGUCAUACUCAUGCCGGUGCCGUGCAGGUUACUACCUCAACCAGGACAAGAAGAGCUGCUCUAUGAUCGAUUACUGCAGCUUCAGAAACCACAGCUGCCAGCACGAGUGUGUGAGCAUCCCCAACGGGCACUACUGCCGCUGCCGCAGUGGGUUCACUCUGCAGCCCGACAGCAGGUCCUGCAGAGCCACCGAUCUCUGCAACGGGGUGGAUCACGGCUGUGAGUUCAAGUGUGUGAGCACCGAGGGCUCCUUCUACUGUGUGUGCCCCGAGGGCCAGCAUCUCCAGGGUGAUGGCAAGGCAUGCAGCAAGUGUGGGGGUGGACACAUCGACCUGGUGAUGGUGAUCGAUGGCUCCAAGAGUGUCCGGCCCCAAAACUUUGAGCUGGUGAAGCAGUUUGUGAACCGCAUCGUGGACCUGCUGGAGGUGUCCGCCCAUGGCACACGGGUAGGGCUGGUGCAGUACUCUAGCCGUGUCCGCACCGAGUUCCCCCUCAACAAGUACCACAGCGCGGAUGAGAUCAAGAAGGCAGUGAUGGAGGUGGAGUACAUGGAGAAAGGCACCAUGACAGGCCUUGCCCUCAAGCACAUGGUGGAACACAGCUUCUCCGAGCUAGAAGGUGCCAGACCUCUCUCCCACAACAUCCCCAGAAUUGGACUCGUCUUCACAGAUGGGCGCUCCCAGGAUGACAUCUCUGAAUGGGCCAGGAGAGCAAAGGAGUCAGGUAUUGUCAUGUUUGCCGUGGGUGUUGGCAAGGCUGUGGAAGAGGAGCUCAGAGCAAUUGCCUCCGAGCCAGUGGAGCAGCACUUCUCCUACUCAGCAGACUUCACCACCAUGACCCACCUUGUGGAGAACUUCAAGCUGAACAUCUGCCCAGAGGAGGGCAAAGGUGAGAUGGAGAUCCGCGGCCUGUGCGAAUGCGAGGUGCUGGUGCAGUUCCAGACGAACACUGUGGCCAUCCUGCGGAGCCUGACCGAGAAACUUGCUCAGAUGACAGCCAGACUUGAAGACUUGGAAAAGCAGAUUGCUGACAAAAAGUGAUCCUCGCAAAGGGCUGCAGCGCUCAGAUGGAGCACGGAGACAUACAGUAGCUACGUGGCAUUGUUAUUGCUAGGUUAUUGUAAAGCAUCAGUGUUUGUUCUUGUAUUGCAAAAUCCCAAGGGGAACAUGGAGCGUCUUUAAAAAGAAGAAAAAUGCUAAAAACAAAAAACAAAAAACAAAAAAGAACUUGAGCAAAACCCUGCUGUGAGGCCAAGGGGUUCAGCCUUUGCUGUUGCUUUGUUCCUUUUGAACUGGCAGGCCUGGGAUGAGGUGGAAUGACUGCGUGGGCAGGCUGGGCUUUGAACAAGGAGAUGUGACACACAGCCUUUUCCCAAAGCAGCUGGGAUGAACCAGCCCCCGCACCGCCUCCCCAGGAAGAGAAAAAUUCUACAGUGCUCCCACCUGAGAGCUUCUGCCGUCUCAGUGCCUGCUGCCAAGUGGUGGGGCAGGGAGAGCCAGGUGCUGUGGGCAGGGCAUGGAGAUGUGUGCUGCCUGGGUGUACAGGCAUGGGAGAAGGGAGGGGCAGGAAUCAGCAGAUCCCCUUGCCCUGAUUUGGGCAGAAUUUUUUGGGAAUUGGUCAUUAUCUUGUUUGUUCUUUUAUGACAUAGCAAAAUGCUAAUAAUUCUUUCUAGAAAUAUAUGUGUGUGUGUAUAUAUUAUAUUUCAUUCUAAGGGCAGAGUAGUGCUAUUUUUAAACACUUCUUCUAUAUAAAGAAAUUUCUAUCCUGACAAUAAAUACUCUGAA